AUGGCCAGGCAAUUAUUCACCCCUCCGAUAACAAAUCCAAGGUUUGACCCUAAUCAAUCUAUCAGGGAAUCAUAUAAAAUCACAGCUAGUAGCAUGCAUUUUCAACAAAUUCCACAUGAGGAUCAAAAUGACAAUGAGAAAAAUAGCUGUGACGAAAACUCUACAACGAGCGAAAAGUUGGAGAACGAUAAGUCCCCUAUAUUGACCAAACAAGAAAUCGAUGAUGCAUUAAGUGAGGUUAGCAAUUUACCUCCGGAAUUAUCAAAACUGAUUGACAUUUUUAUCGACGAUUUGAAGCAACCCAAGUACGUACGGCCACUAUCAGUGCUGCAAUUAUCUAGUCUUUUCCAAAGCUUUUACAUAAAGUUUGAUAAAGCGUCUUUUCAGCACGUCAGUGCAGUGAAUAAUAGUGGUAAUAAUUAUUCAAAUGGGGGCUCCAGUUCUUUUUUGGCUGCCAAAGAAACAUUAAGUAGUGGGCUCAGCGGCAUCUUUGGAAGAAGUAGGAGUAGUAGUGCCAACUCACUUAUGAGACCAAGAAGAUCUUCAUCGCUUUUCAGUAAUGAAUCAAUGUCAAAUUCUAAUAAUGCUACUCAAAUGUUGUCACCAGAUGAAAUAAAAAAGCAAUUAAGGAUUAACGAAUUGAACAACAUGAAAAUCGAAAAAUACAUGGAACUUUGUGAGAGAGACGUCUUUAAGAAAAUUCUCAUAGUUGGCACGUCUGUGUCUUCACCAAAUAAAAUGAAGACCUUCAAACCACACCAAUUACAAACUUUUAAGGUCGGGAAUCUAUUUAGGAAUAGUGUUGAAUUCACAGAAUAUAAUAGGUUGUUAAAUGAAAAGAUUCUCUGUUUAUCCAAGCUUUCGAUUAUGAACAAAAUUAAUUUGAUAGAGUUCCUGAGUCUCAAUAAUGGCAUUGAUCCGGAACCCAAGUUUAAAGAAAUCAAAGAAAUAUUGUAUGAGUUUACAUAUCAUUCCAUCUCACCAUGUGAAAAGAUAAAGGCGUUACUGAAGCUACAUGAAAUUAUGACGUACUCUCAAGAAAUGUCCAAUGACGACUACCUCUCACUACUAAUCUACUACAUUAUUACUAUUGUUCCACGGGAUAUCUUUUUGAAUGCUGAAUUUAUCAGGCUGUUUAGAUACAAGAAAAAACUAGUUGAAACCGAAUCCUUUGCAUUAACUAAUCUAGAAGCGGCUUUGGUUUUCGUUGAAGGCUUGACGAAAAGUGAUUUUUCUAACGAGCUACAAGACAAAUUGACUGAGAAUGAAGGUAAAUUUUUAGAAAGUUCAAUCAGUAGCAGGGUCUCACUGCCCUCAAAAGCCACCAUAACGCAUAAGUCUAACGGAAACAGCAAUAGUAAUAUAGGAGAUAUCAUGACUCCUACUAUUCAAAGACCAGAUGUUACGAGAUCAAGUUCGUAUGAUGGAUUCAGGACUGUUUUUGAUUCAUCAUUAAAAAACAUCAUUGGCAAAAUCAGAUCAUAUACGCCACCGCACCCCAACACGGUUAACGGUAAUAACCUUCAUAAUAACAACAGCAACAACAACUUAAACAUACCACGAAGUUCAUCUCAAUUAUCUAUAGAGUUAGGCAAUAGAGACACAAUGGAAAUGUCUAGAGAUGGCUCACGAUCAACGUCAUCAUCUUCUCGAUCUUCAGCGUCCUUAGAACAUGGAAAUCGUGAAUUCACUGGCGAUUUGACAGUGACUGCUAGUAUUAACGGCGCUGAUAGAAAAGAAUUUCAGAAAUCGUGGAAGAAGUAUAAAGGCUAUAAGUUUGAGGACCUGACUAUUUGCGAACUAAGAGAUCUCUUCGAAAUAUAUCAAAAAAUGAUGCAAUAA